AUGCCAGUGCAGCUGAAAAGUAAGGUGUACAAAACAAUGGUGCGACCAGUACUACAGUAUGUAGUGAAGGCAGAGCAUUUGAUGAAGUUAGAGGUAAUGGAGAUGAAGUACUUGAGACAGGUGGCAGGAUUCACACUGUGGGACAGACGGAAUAAGGAAUUCAAAGCAGAAGUCCAAGUAGCGCCAAUUGUUGAGCAGGUCAAAGAGAACAGAUUACAGUGGUUCAGGUGUCCCUUGGAGAUGGUAGCGUGCAGUACAGGAUGCAGUAACUCAGCAGAAUGUGAACCUUACAGACUGAAUAUUGUACAGCUGUCUCAUGAUGAUGUAAAUGAAGAAGUGAUUACAUUCCCUCUUAAUAUCAAGGAAGAAAUUCCAGAAACCCUCAGUGAUGUAAAGCAAGAAGUGACCAUAAAGCAGGAGAAAGUUCUGGAAGACUCCCCAGUCUAUUUCAGUAUCCCAGGGAAACAGCUGCUAUGUGUCAAUGAUGAAUUUACCUUCAGUGGUGUUGCAGAAGGAGCUAUCAGUGACAAGAAGCACCUUUAUGUAACUCAAAGUGUUAUGAGCAGCACUUCAUCAUCCUCCUCAUCUGCUAAACUUACUAGGAUUAGAUCAUUCCUGAAGCCAAAGUCAAAACCAGGAGUCUCUUCUACUUUGUCAUCGAGUUGGGUUAUGCCUAGUAAAACUGAAUUGUCUGAAAACUCUAGCUCAGGGAAAGAAAUGUGCACCCCUUUACCAUCAUUGCACUCUUCAUCAAAUGACCUGGCUAGGGAUGGAUCAGCUGAGAAUUCAACCUCAGAACCUGUCCCCAGGUUUUCAGAUUUUAUGAAGGAUCAGCUAUCGGAACUUAUUGCCCACCAGGAGAGCCUCACAGGAGAGAGGAGUUUUAAAUGUAUUACAUGUGAGAAGAGUUUUCCUGACCAGUUUACUUUUAUCAAACAUAAAUUUAGAGAACACCGACAAAUUCACAAAGCAAGGAGCUUUCAAGCAACAGAGGUGCAGUGUAAAUCAGCCCCCAAUGAGAAAUUGUUCACACGACUGGGUAGCCCCUCUUUCAGUAAGCAUUUGCUGCCUAAGCAAAACAUCAACUCAAGUAAUGUGGAUAAUUCAGCGCAGAAAUUAUUUGCAUGUUGUGUCUGUGCUGAAUGUUUUCCAGACAAAUCAUGUCUUACGAAACAUUUGUUAACACACACUAGUCUUCAGGAGAAACCAUAUAGCUGUACUGAAUGUGAGAAAUGUUUUCCAAGGAAGAGUGAGCUAUUAAAACAUGCAAGGGUGCACGCUGAAGAAGACUUGGAGAAAUUAAAAACAGAAGACGGCCCUUAUCAAUGCUUCGAAUGUGGAAAACGUUUUACAUGGAGAUCAAAAGUUAAUGCACAUUACAGAAUUCAUAUGGACAUUAAGCCUUACAGAUGUUUUAUUUGUGAAAAAGGUUUCAGAACAAGAGCAGACAUGAAUAGACACAAAUGGGUUCAUGCUAACGAGAAACCUUAUAACUGUACUAAAUGUGGGAAGGGUUUUUUACGCAGGUACGUAUUAAUAAAUCAUGAACGGAUGCAUUCAGGUGAGGAGCCAGAUGCAAGUAACAUACAUGUGAAAAGUUUUGUAACAGUGAAAAAUAUAGGUCAUGUCAAGAUUCAUGCUGGAAAUGCACCAUACAGCUGCAGUAUUUGUGGUAAGUCUUUCUUGUUCAGGUCAUAUCUUGUUCAACAUAGACAGGUUCAUAGUGGUGAAAAGCCCUUUAAAUCCCUUGUUUGUGGAAAGAGGUUUCAACACAAACAUAGUCUCCUAGUACAUCAUAGACUGCAUACAGGAGAAAAGCCAUAUAAAUGCACUGAAUGUGGCAAAAACUUUAGGAGAAACUGUGCCUUGAAAAGUCAUGAAAAAGUGCACAGUGGAUAAAUUACUCCAGAUGUGAAACAUUUCAUAUGUACUGACUGUGGAAAUAGCUUUACAUCAUAUUGCAUUUUGCUAGUCCAUAAACGGAUUCAUACAGGUGGCAUUAAGUGUGCUGCAAAGAGCACUUCUGACUAACAUCAAAGACUGAAACAAUACUAAUUUCAUGAACUUUACUAAUACUUUGACUUAGGAAUUGGAUCCAGUCCCAUCAUGGUAUUAAAAAACGAAGACUUGGAGAAAUUAAAUCAUGAGACGCUGUUUGUGUGCUGUCUGUGGAAAAGCUUCAGGCAGGAAAAACAGCUUCUCUUGUCACCUGUGGAUACAUAGGAGAGACAUCUUAAAAAUGCACUGUGUAUGGAUACUGUUUUACCACAAAAUCAAGUCUUAGCACCACUGGGGCCAUGCUGUUUGGGUACAGAUGUUUAAAAACAUCUUGUGUACAUUUUGUGGAUGAUUUAAAAUUGUAUGGUUCAUCAGAUGAUGAUCUGAAAGUACUAUUACAAAUUAUUAACUCUUUCUAGGAUGAUAGAAGGAUGACAUUUGGUCUUGAUAAAUGUGCAAAAGCGACAUUUAUUAAAGGAAAGCUGCAGCACCAAUGCACAGGAAUAUGAUAUAAAGAAGAUAAAGGGUUGGCAAUAAAACAUUAAAGAAUGAGAACAAAACUCGAGGAUUUGCAAGCAGAAAUGAGAGCAAUGUGGAAGAAAGAUACCCAGUAAGUUUUAAUAGUAGCUGGAGCAACAUGGCUAAUAAAAUAGAAUUUACAAUCAUACUUAAAUAGGCUACUAGUACAUGUAGCCUCGUGUGAACUGCAGAAAGAUGCAGUUCUAGAUACAUUGUGGUGCUGAGAAGAGCACUCUUGGCUAACAUCAGAGUGAAACAAUACUAAUUUCCUGAACUCUAAUGCUGUUGUGAGUUAGGAAUGGGGCCCAUUCCCAUCACGGUAUUAGAAACAAAAAGCUUUUGGAGAAAUUAAGAGGGUAUCCUUUUGAAGUAAAGAGAAACAUGUCUCCAUAGGCACUACUGAAGGAUUCAUGCAGAAAAGACAAAAAAGUGCUAACUUUUGUUGUUUUACAGAAUUUACAUGCAGACUAAAACAGUGCAGAAUAGAACUUAAAAAUGUAUUUAUAAAUUAAAAUCACAAAAGGAAGCAGCUGUGAGAAGUUUAUAUGGAUUACAAACUUAUUAAAUACUGAGAAAGAACUUGCAUGUUAGUAGCGAUGUGCGUUUUUCUGCAAAAGUGAUUUGUUAUAAUUUUUGUAUGUAUAUAUUAAUAUUAAAUGAGUUUGAGUAAA